AGGCAGGCCAGGCGCGCACGCUGCCGGGCUGGAUCACCGCCCCCGCCGCCACCGGGACGGGAAGUGAGCUGCCCGGGCCCGCAGUGCGAGCGAGCCGUUGAGAGCGUCCCGCAGCCGCCUGCACCCGGGGCGAAGAAUGGCGGCCGCCAAGGUGGCUUUAACGAAGAGAGCAGAUCCAGCUGAGCUUAGAACAAUAUUUUUGAAGUAUGCAAGCAUUGAAAAAAAUGGUGAAUUUUUCAUGUCUCCCAAUGACUUUGUCACUCGAUAUUUGAACAUUUUUGGGGAAAGCCAGCCUAAUCCAAAGACUGUGGAACUUUUAAGUGGUGUGGUGGAUCAGACCAAAGAUGGAUUGAUAUCCUUUCAAGAAUUCGUAGCAUUUGAAUCCGUCCUCUGUGCCCCAGAUGCUUUGUUCAUGGUGGCCUUUCAGCUGUUUGACAAAGCUGGCAAAGGAGAAGUCACCUUCGAGGACGUUAAGCAAGUUUUUGAACAGACCACAAUUCAUCAACAUAUUCCAUUUAACUGGGAUUCAGAAUUUGUGCAACUACAUUUUGGAAAAGAAAGAAAAAGACACCUGACAUAUGCAGAAUUCACUCAGUUUUUACUGGAAAUACAGUUGGAGCACGCGAAGCAAGCCUUUGUGCAAAGGGACAGUGCCAGGACGGGAAAAGUCACAGCUGUUGACUUCCGACACAUCAUGGUCACCAUCCGCCCCCACGUCUUAACACCUUUUGUAGAAGAAUGUCUAGUAGCUGCUGCUGGAGGUACCACGUCCCAUCAAGUUAGUUUCUCCUAUUUUAAUGGAUUUAAUUCGCUCUUAAACAACAUGGAACUCAUUAGAAAGAUCUACAGCACUCUGGCUGGCAGCAGGAAAGACGUAGAGGUGACUAAGGAAGAGUUUGUUCUGGCAGCUCAGAAAUUCGGUCAGGUUACACCCAUGGAAGUUGACAUCUUGUUUCAGUUAGCAGAUUUAUAUGAGCCACGGGGACGUAUGACCUUAGCAGACAUUGAACGAAUAGCUCCUCUGGAAGAGAGCAUUCUGCCCUUCAACUUGGCUGAGGCCCAGAGACAGAAGAAGGCCUCCAUCAACUCAUCACGAUCAAUUCUCCUACAAGUUGCAGAGUCAGCCUAUAGGUUUGGUCUGGGUUCUAUUGCUGGAGCUGUUGGAGCCACUGCCGUGUAUCCUAUUGAUCUUGUAAAAACUCGAAUGCAGAACCAACGAUCAACUGGCUCUUUUGUGGGAGAACUUAUGUAUAAAAAUAGCUUUGACUGUUUUAAGAAAGUGCUGCGCUAUGAAGGCUUCUUUGGACUAUAUAGAGGUCUGUUACCACAGCUAUUGGGAGUCGCCCCGGAGAAGGCCAUAAAACUUACAGUGAAUGAUUUUGUGAGGGAUAAAUUUAUGCACAAAGAUGGUUCGGUCCCACUUGCAGCAGAAAUUCUUGCCGGAGGCUGUGCAGGAGGCUCCCAGGUGAUUUUCACAAAUCCUUUGGAAAUCGUCAAGAUCCGUUUGCAAGUGGCUGGAGAAAUCACCACUGGUCCCCGAGUCAGUGCCCUGUCCGUCCUAAGGGACCUGGGUUUCUUUGGGAUCUACAAGGGUGCCAAAGCAUGCUUUCUGCGGGACAUUCCUUUCUCGGCCAUCUACUUCCCUUGCUAUGCUCAUGUGAAGGCUUCCCUUGCAAAUGAAGAUGGGCAGAUCAGCCCUGGAAGCCUGCUGUUAGCCGGAGCGGUGGCUGGUAUGCCCGCGGCAUCCUUAGUGACCCCUGCUGAUGUUAUCAAGACGCGGUUGCAGGUGGCCGCCCGGGCCGGCCAGACCACUUACAGCGGAGUGAUAGACUGCUUUAGGAAGAUCCUGCGGGAAGAAGGACCAAAAGCUUUGUGGAAAGGAGCGGCUGCUCGUGUGUUUCGAUCCUCACCCCAGUUUGGUGUGACUUUGCUGACGUAUGAAUUAUUACAGCAAUGGUUCUACAUUGAUUUUGGGGGAGUGAAACCCAUGGGAUCAGAGCCAAUUCCUAAAUCCAGGAUCACACUGCCUGCCCCCAAUCCUGAUCACGUCGGGGGCUACAGACUGGCAGUUGCAACAUUUGCAGGGAUUGAAAACAAAUUUGGACUCUACCUACCUCUCUUCAAGCCGCCAUCCUCCAUGGCAGCGGUCAUCAGUGGGGGCCGAUAGGAGGACCAGCCCCAGACAUCGCUGUGGCUUUGCUGUGACUGCGGCAAAGAACACCCCACCUCGAACAAAAGCAGUUCUUCAGUCCUCUCACUUCCAUCUCUUCUAUAAAUUCAAAUCAAGGCUUUUUCAUAAGGUGAAAUCAUUCAUUUUCUGUGUGUUUUUUUAACAAGAUCAUUGUGAAAUAAUUCAUAAUUAUUCUUUGGGCCUAUGUUCACAGACCUUUGUAUCUGAUAUUUACUGGGAUGGUCAACAUAAACAAGAUUUGGGGGAAGGAGCAAGUCUGAAUAGAAAUUAGAGCGAUUCUCCUUGAGAUUAGGGUUAUAGUUCCAGAGAGAUUACUGAAAGGCAGCCGUGAUGCUCAGAGCAAAAUGUUGCAGGAAUGUUUAAACUGGUAGGAAACUGAGGGCAUGUUUAUAAGAAGAAACACUGGAAGAAAGGAAAACAUUAUCCGAAAUAGCCAGCCUGGCUUCAGAUUUUAAACAUGCACUAAUUCUGUCUCUGGAUUAUAUUAUGAAGCUUUUAUGUGAAACAUCUUUUUUUGUAAUGAAAACCACAUUGAAGAUGUUUAAUAAUCAUAGUCUUUUACUGUUAGCAAGACUACGAGAGAGAAGUCUUUGUACUUGAGGGAAAUCCUUUGGCAUUUUAUUCUACAGACAGAGAAACCAUGAGAUACAGACCUCUCCUGGAAGUGCUACUUUUGGAUACCUGCUCAUAUGAUGCACAUGUGCUGGUUACUGCCUGUCUCAAUAAACACUGUGGAAAAAUGCAUGCCCCCCGUUACUGGUACCUACCUUAAUCCCCUCCGGUCUCCCAUAAUUGGCACCCACUUGCCUUUAAAAAUCCACUUAAUCAUGUAAGACAAAUAUAUUCUAAUACCAGUUUUCAUUUAAUAUGUGGUGUCUUGUGUAAUAAUGGUCAGACGGCUCAUGUGUCUGUGAAGAAGGAAAUAAACUAUUUUUAAAGGUA